UGUCAUCAUGAAAUAUCAUUUGAAAUUCUUUAAGAGGUGAUUCUAUAAUACACAAAUUAUGAAAUAUUAUGUUCUUCAAGUUUUUUUUAAACAAUAUCAAAGCGACUUAAUGUUAGUUUACUAUUUUAUUCAUGCGGAUUGCGGAGGUAUGAAUUAUUUUUUUUACAGCGUUCAUAUUUACAAUUCCUAAAAGAAAAUAAAAAAAUUGUGUGAGGAGAGAAGAAGGAGUAACGAACUCUUGAAAUAGCGCUGGAGAAGGACUAUAAAACCUGGCAGUUCCCUCCUUAUAAUUUCUGUUUUGAAUUGCAAAUUGCAAUGGCAGACGAAUUACCAACGAGUUUAGCAAUGGCUUCACACUCAACCUCCUCGAAGAAACGACUAUCCAAGAACGAUAAGCUCUGCCUCGAGGACUACAUUCACCUCCUUCACUCUCGUCACACGAUUGAUCUCACAAUGAAUCAACUCAAUCAGGUCAUUCGUAUUCACGGCUUCAAGAAAAUUCACCAUGCUCCUAAGAAAGUGUUGACUGAUGCUGUGGACGCGCUAGAUCUGGUGGAUCUACCGCGAUCCACCCUAUCCGAGAGCGUUUCGGCGUUCGCUGUACUGACGGUGGAGGAGGUGGUGGCUGAUCUCGGCGAUCUCAACUGGCAAGAGUGUUGUGUCACUUCCAUCCAGAAAUUCGGCUGUUGUGAGGAUCAGAAACCGUUUCCUGUUUCCUCCGAUCAGAAUCUUCAAGCCGUGAAUCAUUCGCAAUCGCAAAGCCACAAACACGGUGGCCUCAUUCCUGAAGCUUUUAAGCGUAGGCUACAAGCCACGAAAAUGGUGCCAAGACGAAAAAGGAGCAGUAUCCAUGCUCUUUACUCUGCUACCUCAAUUGUUGAUUCUGCUUCGCUCGCUUCGUGCUGAAUAAAUGACUCUCCCUUUUUUUCUCUUUCAGUUAUAAUUGGAUUAUGAUGAUAUAAUAGGAGAGUGCAUAUAAUGCUUCAUAUAUCGGUACUAUACAUGUUUGGUAGUUACAGAAUCCGGAUAUAUUUGAGUUAAAUGCCUAGAGGUUUUACUUUUAAUCCUUUCCCUAAGAUAAUAAGGAUGGUUAUGUUUGAUGUGGUAUGCUUACAAA